AUUAGGGUUUAAAUGAGAUUUUGCUCCUUGCUCUUCCUCUCCUGUUCUUGUUACUCCUGUCCUGCCACUUGACACUUGCCACCGCCUUACACGCCACCGUUCGGCUUCCCUUCCCUGCAGACAGAAACCGGUGCCACCUCCCCCUCCUCCCUUGUCGCGUAACAACAGCAGCGGGGCUGCACCCUUCUUCUCCUCUCUACGAGUUACAGCGACAACGACAAAGGGAGGGCAUCGCCUCUUUCACAUCCGUCCUGGUUUCUCCUGACCACAGCAGGGCUGCCGCCUGUUCUGUGCGACGGAGCCACCACGAAACGUUCCCUUCUCCAUUGUUAUUGAACAACUUGCAAUUGUUGUGGAUAGCGAUUUUUUUCUUAUGGAUGAGAUCAAAUUUAUUGGACAUAAUAAUCCCGAAGAUGUUAGAUGGCUUUUCUCAUUGUCCGAGACAGAACUUGAUUUGCUGAUUAGCCUGAAGAAACUUGCCCAUAAACGAGCGCAAUGUGUAGGCCAUGAAAGUCUUGCCCAAAGAUUUGAUCUCAAAACACUUCGAGCGCUUGGGUUUAUUGUGAUGCGGCACAUCAAAGAACAAGUAGAAGGCUUGCAAUUGACUGGAUUAACUGGGUCCAAUAAUUUGUUUGAUGGAUGUAAUCUAUUGAAAUUGGACUUGGAGAACAGAGUUGAGACACGAGAGCAAGCAACGACAGGAGAAGUAGAGAAAGCAACAGAGGAAGUGAAGACAAGAUCAAGUACGAAGGCACCAAAGUUAAAGAGAAAAAGAAAUGUUAUGGUAGUAGAGGCUUUACAGGGUAAAGAUCACAGAUAAAGAAGACGCAACGCAAGUUGUUGUGUGGCUAUGGUGGCUUGGGUCUGUUUUCUGAUUUUGACGGAAAAUGAUUGCACGAAGAGCUCCAUUCGUGGUAGAAAGCUUUUCAAAGGCCUUAAUUUUGCAGUUGAGAUGGUUUUGAGUCCUGCAUCACAAAGAGAAGAUGAUCAAGGUCUUUAAUUUUCGUGGAUUAUAUAAGUGCUCUGAAAGAGGGAUCGUUUAUUCAAAAAAUUGUUGAAAGAAAUUAUACAAAAUCGAAGCAAGUUUUUUUUCCUUGACUCGCAUUGGACAUACAAUCUCUCUUUGUAUCAAUUUUUCGGUAGAAUAAAAUUGAAGUCAAAAUCCUUUUAUCACACGGUCAA